CUCUCUCUCUCUCUCUCUCUCUCUCUCUCUCUCUCUCUCUCUGUGUUGCCGACACUUUCUACGAUCAAAGGAGGGGCAAUUUCGUGAGAGAUUUGGGUUCUGAGAUUAAGAUUUUGUAUUCAAAUGGGUCUAAUUCUGGAAUUACAAUGGUAGCAGAGAUCAACAGCGUUAAGCUCGAACGUGCGAAAGACAUUUGCUUGGAUUUCGCUUCCGUUGAUGAUCUGAAAGCCCCCAGUGCCGUUCUGAUCGACAAAAGGAGAAGAUUUUCAGAAGAAGAGGAAAUGCCAGCGAUGAGAGAAACCGAGUUUGAUCGUGUUCAUGAGAAGCAGAGAAACACUGUUCUGGUCGGAAUUCGAAUGGACGAAAGCGGCAGAGAUGUUCUGGAUUGGGUGCUCGGAAAUGUGACAGAACCCGGAGAUUGCGUUGUUGCGGUUCAUGUUUGUUCAAGUUCUUAUCGUGCCUUGAAGAGCAAGUCAUCUCUGGACCGGUACUUGGAUGUGCAUAGAGGAUUGUAUUCUACCAAGAAGGUUGAGCUUAAAGCAGAGGUUUUGACAGGAAGUUCGGUCCAAAGGGUCUUGGUUAAAGAGGCAAAGAACUGCAAAGCCGUCGCCGUUGUGGUGGGAAUAAGAAAUCAUAGAAGCUUAAGGGAUCGGGUGUCAACAGCUAGAGGCUGCGCAAAACAGUUGCCUCUAACCACAGAUGUUCUGGCCAUCCACCGGGGAAAUAAUAUCUUUAGGCGGUCCAACAAUCAUCAACUACCUCAAGUUCACAAGAUGGACUGGAGUCCAAGUUCCGGACUUUCUGAAAAGUCUUCAGACAAAGAGAGUGGAUUCGAAUCUGAUGAGUCGAGGGUUAAAGUCGAUGAAUUUAAGGAAGAGAUCUUGAAAAUGGGUCAUGACGAAAGGAGGAGAAUUUCGGGUAGAUCGGUAUCUCUUCCCUCGGUUGAUGUUUUGGACAAGAAACCAGGUUGGCCAUUGUUGAGAAGAGCUGCUUCGGAAAUUCCCCAAGCUCACCACAGCAGGAAACUGUCGGUGGUUCAUUGGGUCAUGAGCUUUCCCGAGCGGUUUCCACAGCAUCAGAAUUCGAUUUCUGAAACGAUUUCCGUCGAGAAGAAACUAAAGGGAAUCGUACUGAGGGACAGCAGCCGAUGGUGUUGCUAUGAUGUUCUUAGGACAGCAACAUCUGAGUUCUCUUCAGAGAAUCUGAUUGGAAAGGGAGGGUGUAACAAAGUGUAUAAAGGUGUUCUUCCAGAUGGCGAGGCAGUAGCAGUGAAAAUCUUGAAAUCUUCAUCAAAGGAAUCCAUAACGGAUUUCGCCCAUGAAGUGAGCAUCAUCUCUUCUUUGAAUCACCGAUACAUUGCCCCUCUGCUCGGUGUAUGCGCCCAAGAAACCGAUCUAAUCUCGGUUUACAGUUUCUCAUCUAAAGGAAGUCUAGAAGAUAAUCUACACGGUAAGCAAAAGGGCAAACACGUUUUGUCAUGGGAAGAGAGAUUCAGAAUUGCAGUCGGGUUAGCGGAAGCGUUAGAUUAUCUCCAUAACCGAUGUUCAAGACCCGUUAUCCACAGAGAUGUCAAGUCUUCGAACGUUCUUCUCUCGGAUGAUUUAGAGCCUCGGCUGUCGGAUUUCGGGCUUUCGAUGUGGGCUCCGACCUCUUCCGAGUUUCUGAUACAAGGGGAAGUCGUGGGGACGUUCGGGCACCUCGCACCAGAGUACUUCAUGUACGGAAAAGUGAGUGUCAAAGUCGACGUUUAUGCCUUUGGAGUGGUUCUGCUAGAACUCAUAUCAGGAAGAACUCCUAUUUCGUUAGGACAGGAGAGUCUGGUCAUGUGGGCAAAACCGACGAUAGAGAAAGGGGAUGCAGAUAAAGUGUUGGAUCCAAAUCUGUCAGAGAAAUUCGACGAGGCUCAGUUUCAGAGAUUGGUUCUUGCUGCUACGCUCUGCCUGACCACAGCAGCUACCCUUCGUCCCGAUAUCAAAGAGAUACUGAAGCUUUUAAGAGGGGAAGCCGAAAAGGAGAUGGAGGAAUGGAUGAAGAGAAGGAAGGAGGAUUCAGAGGAAGAUAAAGAUUGCUUCGACGACGAAGUUUACCCUAAUUCGAGCGCAGAAUUACACUUGAGCCUCGCCAUGCUCGACGUAGAAGAAGAUAACUCUGUUUCUUCGUCGUCUUCUUCUUCUUCUUCUUCUCCUGGAGAGAUUCCUUCUUCAAGCUCUCAUUAGGGUUUGUUUUAGGGUUUCAUGUGUAUAUAUAUAUAUAUAUAUAUGGACAGAAACCGCAGUAGAUAACUCUUGUCUGUGUUUGGAGAUCUUUUGUCCCUCUCCAUUUUUGUACAGAUGAGAGAAGAGAUGGACAAAGGGGGUGAAGAAUAAAGGAAAUCAGAGUGGAGGAACUCACAGAUAAUAAAUAAUAUAUGGUUUAUUCGGAUUUCGGUU